CAGAAGCGGCGGUAACGCGUCAAACUGCAGUUGAGAGUCAAACAAGGAAAACAGGAAAAACCAUGCAGAACCUAAACAAUGCACGCUAGAUGUCCUCGGAGUAGGCUCCUAAUAUAAUUUAUAAGUCAUUUGCGCGUCUAGUCAAGUAUGAUAAAUGAAAACAUAGCACCAGGAGGUGAUGGAGACGAUACAAAAUCAACGGAGAACGAACUGAAACGUGAACUGCAACCGAAAUCGUCGCCCUCUUGUAGGUUCCUGCAGGCGGAACUGGAGCUCAAUGCUCACCUGCGUAGCCUCAAAUUCAGCGAGCCUGUCCGCUACGUGUACAACCCGCUGGAGUACGCCUGGGAUACCCACCGCUGUUACGUGGACAAGUACUGUCAGGCGGGCCAGAAGUUCUUGUUUUUAGGGAUGAAUCCUGGACCUUUCGGCAUGGCGCAGACAGGGGUGCCGUUUGGCGAGGUGCGGUCAGUUGUUGACUGGCUGAAGAUCACAGGUGAAGUCGGUCACCCUGACGACGAGCACCCAAAGCGUCGCAUCAGCGGCCUGGCCUGCACGCAGAGCGAAGUGAGCGGCGCACGUUUCUGGGGCUUCUUCAGAAAGUUGUGCGGCGAACCAUCGGCGUUCUUCCGCCACUGCUUCGUGCACAACCUCUGCCCUCAUUUCAUGAGCGCCAGCGGGAAGAAUCUGACCCCGCCUGAGCUUCCUGCCCAUGAGCGCCAGGAGCUCCUCCGUCUGUGUGACAUUGCCUUGUGCCAAGUCGUGGAGGCCCUGGGCGUCUCCAUGGUGAUCGGUGUCGGCAAGGUGGCGGAGCAGCGUGCACGCCGGGCUCUUUCCGGCGCAGGUAUUGAGGUGCAAGUGGAGGGUAUCAUGCAUCCGUCCCCCAGGAACCCUCUGGCCAAUAAGGGCUGGGAGAGUGUGGCUACAGCUAAACUAGCAGAACUCGGUGUCCUCCCGUUGCUUGGCAGCACAUGACGGGCACCCUUUGACCUUCUCAAGAGAUUUGGAAAAUAUUUCCAGUGCUUCCCCUACCAUUAUAUUAGGAAGGUGUCCUCUGAAGUUAAUUAAUUUCUAUUUGAUUUUGAGUAUACUUUGCAUAUAAGAUAGGUCUAUACUUCUGACUGUGGAGGAAUGAUUGCAAAUUGCGAUGUCUAUGUAUGCUUGUUUUAAACCAAGGGGAAACACUCAUUUCUGUUUUGUUAACACACUACUGUCUUUGACUACCUUAGGUAGUACAACGCUAUAUUCAUUUAAAGGCUUUUGAACUAUGUACAUAUUUCUAUGUAAAGUGUAUGCCAUGCUCAGGGUGUUUAAGCGUGUUGGGUGAACUCAGUGAUACUUACAUACAAGGCUGUAUACUGUUUUUUUCCUUGCAUUUAUAUUGAUUAUUAUUAUACAGUACAAUAUAUUUUAAAUUGCAAUUUUACCAGGUCUGUAUAUUUGAAUUUUUCCAAAUGUUACGGAUGUUUGUUACGGAUAAUGUACUAUAACCAAUAGGGCUGUGAAUCUUUGGGUGUCCCACGAUUCGAUUCAAUAUCGAUUCUUGGGGUCACAAUUCGAUUCAAAAUCGAUUUUUUUUUUCAAUUCAACACGAUUCUCGAUUCAAAAACGAUUUUUUUCCCCGAUUCAGAACGAUUCUCUAUUCAUUCAAUACAUAGGAUUUCAGCAGGAUCUACCCCAGUCUGCUGACAUGCAAGCAGAGUAGUAGAUUUUUGUAAAAAGCUUUUAUAAUUGUAAAGGACAAUGUUUCAUCAACUGAUUGCAAUAAUGUAAAUUUGUUUCAACUAUUAAAUGAACCAAAAAUAUGACUUAUUUUAUCUUUGUGAAAAUAUUGGACAAAGUGUGUUGUCAAGCUUAUGAGAUGCGAUGCAAGUGUAAGCCACUGUGACACUAUUGUUCUUUUUUAAUUUUUUUUAUAAAUGUCUAAUGAUAAUGUCAAUGAGGGAUUUUUAAUCACUGCUAUGUUGAAAUUGUAACUAAUAUUGAUACUGUUGUUGAUAAUAUUCAUUUUUGUUUCACUACUUUUGGUUUGUUCUGUGUCGUGUUUGUGUCUCCUCUCAAUUGCUCUGUUUAUUGCAGUUCUGAGUGUUGCUGGGUCGGGUUUGGUUUUGGAAUUGGAUUGCAUUGUUAUGGUAUUGCUGUGUAUUGUUUUGUUGGAUUGAUUAAUAAAAAUAAAAUUAAAUUUAAACAAUAAAUAAAUAAGUAAAAAACAUCGAUUUUUUAAAAAUGAGAAUCGAUUCUGAAUCGCACAACGUGAGAAUCGCGAUUCGAAUUCAAAUCGAUUUUUUCCCACACCCCUAAUAACCAGGUAUCAUAACUUCAUGAUGUAUCAUCUUUCCAGGUGGUUUUUAAUCAAUUAAUUUACAUUUUUUUGUAUUUUGUAAUUUUGACACAAAACCCUUGAUACCUGCUGAGAAAUAAA